CCCCUCACCCGACCCGUUCGCCGUGCGGCCGUGCCCGCUAGUUCCGCCGCUCGCCUACCUCCACACGCUAGCAACCAAUGGCGGCCGCCAUGCGGAGCGCCAGUCUCCUACGUCUUGGCUUCCGCCAGGUCUCCUCUCUGGUGUUCCAGGUACCCCCGUGCUCGGCCCCGAGCCUGGGCCUGAACCUGGCCAUUGGCCGUGCCGGAUUGGUACGCCUCCGCUGCUCGGCGGCCGGGGCCGGCGACGACGGCGGCAAAAAGGUGUCGGCGCGGCUGGCGCUGACGCAGCAGGUGCUUCGCGACGCCGAGGAGCGUGCCGCGUCGGCAGGCUCUGAACCCGCCCCAAAGAUCACCCUGGAUCAUGUUACUGUUAAUUUUGCAAGAAGUGGUGGCCCUGGUGGUCAGAAUGUUAAUAAAGUAAAUACAAAGGUUGACAUGCGAUUCAAUGUUAAAGAAGCUCACUGGCUUGGAGAGAGAAUCAAGGAACGAAUAUUACAAGCGGAAAAGAAUAGGAUAAAUAAAGACGGGGAGCUUGUGAUAUCUUCUACAAAAACUAGAACACAGAAGGGCAACAUUGAAGAUGCUUUGCAGAAGAUACAGGCAAUUAUUGAUGCUGCAUCAUAUGUUCCUCCACCCCCUACAGAAGAGCAGAAGAAAAAGAUAGAAAAAAUUGCUGCAGUCGCUGAAAGGAAGAGACUUCAGAAUAAGAAAGUGCUUUCACAGAAGAAGGAAUUUAGACGGAACAGAACUAGCUGGGAUUGAUGGAACGUACCUUGCACAAAACGUCUCUGUUUCCUGCCAUUCCCCCGUGGACCUGGUGAACAUUUCAGCGUGCUUGUUCUAGGAUGUAGCAAAAGCAUCCAGUGGUGUACAUAGAUGGACAAAUAAAAACAAGGGUUAGACUUGUUGAAGGCAUCUUGGUGAAGAAGAAGGCUCAUAGGCAUCGCCAGUUUUUGUUUCGUCCAUUGGGGACUGGCCUCUGACGGGAAACACUGCUUCGGUCCUGAAACGCACUAUACACACCAGUCGUCCUGGUCCCGGAACUUAUCAGAUAGGUAGUACUCACGUGUAACUGAGCGCUCAUGUGUAAAACUGUAACAAUUUCUUUUUGUACGACUUUAGGCUGCAACAAUUUCCUUUCGAGGACUUAAAAACUGUUAAGAUUUUUUCUUAUUCGCCAAAUUCUAAGGUCAGCGACGCCCGUUGAAGAGCC